UUUGUUGGUUUGUUUUUUCUUUAAGCUGCAAGAAACACAUCCUGCAGUAUUAAUAACGGCGGAUGUGAGCAGAACUGUACCAUAAUAGACGGAACGGUAUUAUGUACCUGCUGGCAUGGUUUUCAAAUGGCCACGGACACACGGAAAUGUAUGGACAUAGAUGAGUGUAAGAUAUUUGGCUCGUGCAGUCAGGAUUGUGUUAACACGCCUGGUAGCUACAAGUGUGAGUGUAACCAGGGUUACAUUAAAGCUGGUGUAGACGGGAAACACUGCAAGGCUAAAGGUGGGUUGAUUUCAUCACUAAUAUAGAACACGAUCUUCACUUAUACUAUAGAACAGGUUUCUCAUUAACAAUACUUAUGUUACCAUUUUGUGAUAUACAGGUUAUCAAGGUAAAGUGCAAAACUUCAACGACUAGCAAUAGAAAUUUUGCUGCUUAGCUUUGUAAUUCGUAUUAAAAGAGACUUCUUAAGACAUAAACGAUAAAAACGAACGAUAAAAUCCGACGUUUCGGAGUAUUGAUGACUCCAUUAUCAAGUAAAAAUGUUUUUGAUCGUGCAAAUUACAGCAUUUAAAGCGAUGUGGCGCGAAAAUUAACAUAACAGGGUGCGAAGAUUAUGAAAAUACUUCGGCACGAAUAGAGUCUGAUUGCACGUUGAGAUUUGGCUUUAAGGUUCUUAUGAAAAGCAUUUCGUACACUAAACAGUCAAAUUUGUUUCUGCAUUUCUUAAGCACUUCGAAACGUUUCAGCAGGUCCUGAGGGAUCGUCCCUUGCACGUUCUUGUAAUGUUUGGCAAUGGCGGAGGACUGUUGUUUAUGUCCUUUUACACGAUUGUGUAAAUGUGCGCGUGUGUAAUCUACAUAGCCUGCAUCACACAGGUCACAUUGGAAGUUUUAAACUACACACUGUUCAUUUACGAUCGGUGGCUUUGCUUCUUUCACAUUCAGUUCUUGUUCAAUUUUUCGGCUGGCAAACACAGGCUGGGUGGUGGUGUUUACUUUUAGGCUUUGGCAGAUCCUUGAGUUGUUCUUUCACAAUGUCUGCUGAGAUUUGGUCUUUAAAUGGUAAAACCACUCGAACCGUGUCAUCCGUGUCUUUACCUGGUGAUAAAGGUCGCUGCUGGUCACAAACCUUUGAGUCAACGAAACUUUUGAUGAUGGAAUUAACAAGGUUUUUGGGGAACUUUAAACGCUAGAAUGCUAUCUUGAAUCGGUUACAUUCGUUUGACAAGUGUGACCAACAAGAAAAUAAACGAUUGAAGACAGCAUUCUCGCGUUUAAAGUACCCUAAACACCUUAAACUCUACCAUCAAAAGUUUUGUUUGCAAUUCAAUGUUUUCUUUGGAAGUUUUUCUCUUGAUUUAGUAAAGCUUUUGUUUACUCAGUUUUCCAGAAAAUGCAUGGAUUGAUGUAUUGUGUCAGAUCCAUAGAUUUUUCCAAGUACAAGCUCGAAUUGAAACAAGAAAUACGAAACAUAGCAUGACUAACAGUGACAAACUAAGGAAUGCUAGAAGGUUGUUGUCGAACACGUUUACGUUUGAACUCCUGAAUCCACACCGUGGGUUAUAAAAUUGUGAACAACAAGUUGAAAUGAUUACUUAAAUUUCUUAGGUAAGCCUCCAUCUCUUCUUUUCCCGAGCGGAGGUGACAUCAGGCAUCUGGGAUUGGACAGUAAUGUCACUGGACCGUACAAUACCAUGGCUUACGAUCAGGGUUCUUUAGGAGCACUGACCGUGUGGUGGGAGGAAAAGCUGGUCUACUGGACUGACUUAAGGGAGGGUACCAUUAAAAGAGCGAAAAUGCCAGGUAAGAUGAGGAGUGGGAACUGCGUGACAGCUUAACCGGGAUCGAUUGCAAUCGAUAUUUCUGAGUUAAAUACCCACAUUUUUUCCUGGACAUCCUGUUCAUCCUUGCCUGUUCUUAUCCCGGAGAAGGGGUUGGGGGGGAGGUUACUUGGUUAAUUUUAGCUGGUUAUGUGCCGCUGGGCUGUCGGAGCCCUGACGCCAUUAUAGUCUAUUCUGUGGCCAAUUAUAGACCCCAUCUUAGUCACUGUUGGGCAAAUAUUUGAUUUUCGCGAUCCCAACUUAGUCACUUUCUACUUAUGUAUCCUUUAUGUAGGUCAUCCAAAAAUGAAUUGACCCAUUUUUUAGAUUGAAUGAAGAACACUUUACUUUACACUACAAACAUUCUGGUAUGUUUGCUAACCGUAAAUAUGAAGAACUGUCUUACCCCAAAAAUCAGAAGAUGUGCGACCCCAUUCUAGUCACUCUAUUGAAAAUGCGACCCCAUUAUAGUCACUCCAGUCGUAAAAAUGCGACCCCAUCCAGCGGCACAUCCCCAUUAGCCUCUUAUGAGGAAGUACCCCCCGGGGGUUCUUAUGCCGGGAAAAAAGAGGAAAGUUUCCUUUUUUCCCGCGGAUGUGCUUUAAACUGGCUAAUUUGAACGCGGUUAUACAGUGCAGCAGAGAUGUCUUAAGUGCUGUUUCUCUCUUGAUAUUGUAUUAACUGUAACCUCUUUCUUACUAGUUGUGUGCCUCUUUCCUCGCGAUCGUCGAUUUUCACGCGCACUCGCUUAUUUCACUUGGUUUUCUAUCCCUGUAGAAAAUAAGGGGCUACACGAAGUCGAUCUUCUCCGAGAUGACCCUAAAUUCUGGCUUACAAAAUGUGAUAUAUUUCGCUUGUUGUGGUAUUCGGUUUCCUAUUCCGUAGUUACCAAAGACGAGGAACCAGCCAAAACGACCCACAACGACCCAAAAUUAUUUAGCAUUUAUUCCAUGAGCGCGCGUUGGAUAUGAGGUGGAUAUGAGGCGCUACGCGCCUCGUUGGCUAUAACUAUCUCAUAAACAACAACCGCGAAUGGAAUAAUUGUUAUAUUAAAUUUUUUUAAACCCCAAACGUCUGAUUAUUACAACUGAAUUUUAGUAAAUUUCAUUUUAAAUAUUACAACACGACCGGAUAUUAAUGUAACUUCCGGUAAACCAAGGGAAAAUCACAUGACAUGUGCGCCGUUUGCAAACACAAAGGAGAAAAACACUCAUUUCAAGUUGACGUGCGUCGCUCAAAAACGUCGCGGCCUAAACUCCCUAAUGAAAAAUCGGAAAGGGAAGGCCGUUGUGCUUAAAUUAUUUCCCUUGCUGCGACUGUGGAAUUUGACGCCGGAUAGGUCGACCAGAUUGUUCUUCAAUUUCGUUUUCUCCCUCCACUGAAUCGUCAUGUAGCUGCACAAAGACUCAGCUUUAUUAAUCAAUUUGUUGUUGUUGUUGUUCAAUGGAAAGCCGCUCGUUGUAGGAUUCACUCGAGGCCAGUUAUGGUCCGUUAUGGACUUGCGAAAGUGUUAAGAGGUGUAAAAGCUCUUUAAACACGCAAAAAAUCUGCUAAUGGUUUUGAAAACCUUUACUCCUGCAAGGACUUGCAAGCCACUUUUUUUCUGAAAAUUUUUAAGGAAAACUUUGUUGUUGUUGUUGUUAAGUAGUCAGCUAGACGUACGGAAUAAUGAAGCUUAUAAUUUCUUUAAAUUUGUAAGGAAACUUAGAGUACCAUUGAAUAAUUUCAAACCAAAGUUUGUGGCUUUUUUGUAGCUGCGGGUAUGGCAUUUUCUGUUUUUUUUUUUUCUUUCUGUUGUUUCGUCGGUAGAAAGCUCGCGAAAUCUACUUUUUUUCCGCCGCUUUGUCCGAGAGAAAUUUUGUAGUUUUCCAUAUAAGGUCAAACUAAGGUAUAUGAGCUGAUAACCGAGAUUGAGUGAACCAAUCAGAAUGCUAGAAAUGCAUUAUCCGAGGUUGAAAAUGUAAUAAAUUAUAUUAUUAUAACAAAAGCAAAAGCUAAUCUACAUGAUCUUUUUAUGAAAAAUAAAAGAAACUUUAAAGAAAGGGUUUUUUUCACGACUGUCUCCUCGCUCCCAUAAGCUUCUCGUGAUUCGCGCGUACUGUGUGACGGCAGCGAGGCCAAGGCCUUGUUCGCACAUAAAACUUUAUCGAAGUAUUCUCCACACCUUUACGUACUUGGCACGAAUGCCCUACUGCAUGUCCUACAGUGAAUGAACUACCAUCAGUAACUUUCCUUGACAUCUUUUAUUUAACCUUGUCUUGUUUACUUUGUAGAUAGAGCAAAAUACAACAAUCGAGUACCCCGGUCUAUCAAACAGGAAAUCCAAGAUUUACAAGUGGCAGUGGGACGAGCACAGGGUCUGGCUGUUGAUUGGUUGAGUGGCAACAUCUAUUGGACAGAUGUUAAGAAGCGAGUUAUUGAAGUGGCCAAUAAAGACGGUCACUAUAGAUACACACUGAUGUCUGGACUUGUUAACAUGCCUCAUGCUUUGGUCCUUGAUCCUCCCAAUAGGUAAUAAUAAUAAUCAAAGUGAUAACGGUAGUAAAAAUUAUUUUAGAAUUCCUCUUACUUGUUUGCGGAAACCCGUCAUUUUAAGAUCGAGAUCCAUGCCCAAAGAACGAGAGACUUUGACGUCGCGGCUAAUGGUAUUGCCCUUAGGGUGACCAUUUUGUCGUGUAGUUCGGCGAUAUUCUACACACACCUAGAUCAUCGUGAAGUGGGCGAAUUUCGAUAAGAGUUGAGAAAAUUCUUCAUUCCAGGAAAGUCAGUGUCAAAUCUGGGCAUUUCUCAUUUAGGUUUUUGUAACGAUUACAUAUAGACGCUUUCGCUGAGUUUGUUCUGUGGUUGAUCGAUUUUGAUACUCAGAAUCUUAUGAAAAAUCUAGUUUAGGAGAAAAGUCGGAGAGAAUGGUCCGGGAACUUUUUUUUCCAAUCCAAAUUCAUUGUUUCUUAUGAGAAUAUAGGGAGUAAGAGUUAUUUUUACAACAGUAAGUUGCUUCAUGCUACUUGAUUUUUUCAAUAUAUUAUUUUAUAACUACUACUACAUUUUUAGGCGAAUGUAUUGGUCGGGACUAGGUUACCGGCCAGCCAUACAUACAGCGCUAAUGGACGGUUCAAACGGAAAAGUUCUUGUAAAGGAAAAACUAAAAUGGCCGCUUGGACUGGCGCUUGAUGCCCCUGCACGAAGACUUUACUGGUGUGACUACAAACUAGGGAUUGUGGAUUCUGCUGGCCCUGACGGACGUGACAGACAGCUCAUUAGAAAGCUUGAAAGGGGUAUUGCGCCCACAGCUGUUGCGUUACACGAAAAUUAUUUGUACAUCACUGCGCAAUCUGGGAUGCUUUACCGGUUAAACAAGUUUGGCCAAGGUCCGCUGACAGUUUUAGUACAGGGACUAAGGCGUCCGGUUGCACUUGUAGUGUAUCAGCAACAACAGCAGCAAGUUUCUAAAGGUAAAGAGGAACCUUGUGAUUAAUUUGAUCAAUGAAUUAGUUACCUUUAACAAUCCGAUAUAAUUCAUGUACAUAUUUACUCUGAGGAGUUAUUUCCACAGAUGCAGUGAAUUACUGUGGUUUGGGCAAGAACAAGUGCUCUCAUUUGUGUCUACUUGGACUUAACAAGCCUGUUUGUAAAUGUCCCACGGGCGACCCAGGAAAAUCUGGUGCAAACUGCCGGUCACGUACGUAUCUUUUGUACCACCACCUUAUGCUCCAUAACAGGUCACGUGUUACGUUGGCCGAUAUGGUCAAAUAUGCAUGAUAAGUAAUCGUCUAUGGUGCGUUGCUUGUUCCCUUAAAGAAAUGUUUUUGAUUGCUAAGACUUCGCAACCUUCCUUGCCUGCUAAAUUUGUUGUUCUUGCUAUGUUGUUUUUUUUUGCUUAACAGGUCUUUGAUGUUGCGUAUAAAAUCUUUCUUUCUUUUACAAUAUUUCCCAAAUUUGUGCGCGUUGUAGAGAGUCUUCCUUGUGUUUGUCACUAUGCUUGCCUUGUUGUUAGAUAAAUCCCUAAUCCCUUCCAAUUGCGACUUUUGUUACUUCACAUUAUUUUGACGUUGUGAAUCUUGUUACUUUUGCUGAACUUUAAUUUCUCUGCUUUUCUAUCCUCUUUAUUAUUUUUCGCACUUUAGUGAAAGAUUCUUCCUUAAAGAUGUUUGUUUUGGUUAAUGUUUGUUUAAAAUUGCCAUCAAAUUUUCCUGGCAGAUAUUUGCCGUCAGCUUUCACUCUUGGACACACCCUCUCACCCUACGUAUUUUUCUUAGACCACAACAAUAACAGAAGGCUUUAGAGGUCCUGCAGAAGAAGAUUGAGACUAAAGAGGGCCGUUAUUUUGAGCACAGGGGUACAGGAAUAAGUAAAGCAUUAAAAAAUGAAGUAAUCAAAGUCUUGGCUCCAUCCCCCACGUGGAUAGGCAAAAUUCCGAAUGUCGAAUGUUAUGUAGAGCUGACGCACGAAGCUUUUGUGCCCAGCUUUUGCAGCUGUAUUCUAACGUUUGUUUUCCUUAUCUUCACUGUAGCCACUAAGUCUCCUCGGCCACUUCCGGUUUGUUGGAUUGGACUGUGCGGAAAAGGAACUUGUGUUAAUGUCAACAAUAAGGCCACUUGUGUGUGAGUAUUUUACUAUCAAUAGCUCAUUUUCAAAUUGCUUUCAGAAGUUUUUCAGGAGGCUUUCAGGAGGCCUAUUGCACAGCUAUUCGAGUGAAAAUGAGUUACAGACCUACGUGGUCCACAUCUGAUAAGUAGACACUGAAAAGCUUUAACGCAGUCACUCUCGCUCAACGAAGGCGCCUAUAACAAUGGCGGGCCUAUACUAGGCACACAGCUAUCAUAAUAUAGGAAUAUUUUGAAGCUCUUUCACCUUUUGUAGCAAGUUGGCGAUUAAGCGAGGGAAAAUGGUCUUUAAUUGCUGCAAACCUGCGAUUUUAAGUUUGCUGUGUCUAAACGUUACGUAAGGACGAAGAUCACUCCAUCGACUGGGCCUUUAAAUUACGAAACUGACGCGGAAAAGACAAAUAUUAUGAAGACCGGAGCCUUACAUAGGCAAGGCAAGUAUGCUAAGGGAAAAAAGCUUAAAAUAAUUUCAAAUCAGUAGAAUUCUAACGCCAGACUAAAAAAAAGGUUACGUGUACAAGCUGCACCUUGUGAUCGGUAAACUAUUGGUCGAUCUCCUUUAGAAGUGAGGACCAAUGAGUUCUUACGGUGCCCUGGUUGUCAAUGCUGAUUUUUUGUGCUUUUAUCACAUGUAUUGCCAGAUGUCCGAGGGGUUUAAUAGGAAAACGUUGCGAGACUACUUUGCCAACAGCUAUUGUGCCUUCAAAGAAACCAGCAUGCUUCCUGAAAUGUCUGAACGGUGGAACUUGCGUGAUAGAAGAUUAUAAACCCAAGUGCAAGUAAGCGACAGUACUAUUUCGCCUUUAAGUCAUGAUUUUGCUGGCAAUUUGUUCGGUUGUUUUGCCAUUUCAGCGCAGGUAUCAUGAAGUCGGUUUUACUGUAUUUUGCAGGUGCAGUAUGUCUACCGUGCGACUGCACAACCGACACCACAUAAAAAAAGAACCUGUCCAAACUAAUUACAGGGAGCGAAUAAGUGAAUUGCAUGCAAGAAAAGUCGUUUCAGCCAAUUAGAAUUAGCUUUGAAUUGUAAAAAACUCAAAUUUUGAAUAGGGUCAGACAGGCAAAAACGUGGAAUCCAAAUUUUCGAUGGCUAACAGCUAGUCCAUCUUGAUUAUUGAUUGGUCUCGACCUGAGGAUCGAGGCCAAUAUCACGGUAUGUCGUUGACCUCUGGGAACGAGGCCAAACUCAGAAUAAGGCUACAACUCAGUCUUCAUUGCCUCUCUCCAGGCCUACUUGCCGUUUAGUAAGAGGCAGGUAGGUCGGAGAUAUCGAGCUUCAACAAAUCAAAAACGGCUUUCUUGAAGUGCAAUCUAUACAUGGUCUGCUGUGUUUGAUUACCGUGUACAAACUUUGGAAACAUUAUGUCUUACUUAACUAAAUAAGUAAGAUAAUCGUGAUAGAUGGUGAAUUCGAAGAACGUUCUACGUAAGCGUGGAUAGUUUUACAAGUAAGUUGCCACUUGUUUCGAAUAUAACUACGCCAUGCAUGGAUACGAUUUGUUGCAAAAUACCAGCAAUCACGAGCAAAACCACUACGCAUUGUCCAAUUUGUGUUACCUCAAGGAAGGUUUUUUAGUGCUAUAUCGUCUCUCUUCGCGAUUCUUCUGGUUCCGGAAUUUGGGCUCAUCCUCGGUGUAAAAACCUGUGAAACUCACGAGUGACGUAGAACAAUGAAUGCAAAGAAGCCACUGAGGAGUCAACACAAUAGUGCCAAGGAAAAUAAUUACUAGAAAAAAAAGAAAAACUUCACAGGUUUUUACACCGAGGAAAACCAGGAAUUUGGAUUUGGAUUUGCGUUUCGAGUCUUUUUUUUCCAUGUUUGGCUCAAACGACUUGAGCUGGAAUUUAUUGUUUGCUUUCUGUAAUCUGAUUCGUUAAGUUUUUUAAUUGGAUUUUGGGGGAACAGUAUUUCGCGGGGUUUUAUUUUCGCGAGUAAAUAGGCAACUAUGAAAAAGGGCAUUAAUUUUCGGUAUUCAAGCGUUCUCAACUUUAUUUUCUCUUAAGAAAUGACUCUUGAACGUGCUAAAAUUUCUAGAUAAAUUAGAACAAGCAAAACGCAUAUUUAUAAAUUAACUUUUAAGUGUUAUAAGACCUUUUUUAAACUUUAUUUCACAACCGAAGAUACAAACUGGAACUUGACUACUAAGGCCAGUUCAAAAUUUGUGUAUUUAUCAAUACAUAUCCUGUGUUCCUGGGUCAUGUUUUUAUUAUUAAAUGUAUUUUCUAUACGGGUAUAAAAUUGCCCGAGCAUUUAAAUUCGAGCUUCGGAAAACGCGAAAUUAAAGGUCAACCAGUAAGGUAGUUUUACUGAAAGACAUUGCGUUACUUCCUUUUUUAGAUGCUUACCCCGAACCAUGGGUGAAUUGUGUGACAUGACGUGCGCCUUGUUCAGCUGUAGUCACGGUGGAACGUGUAUCAUUCAGGACGGACAGUUUGCUUGCCAGUGAGUAACAGCUAAGUGUUUUAGCCACUUUCACCUUUCUACCCUGCUUGAUUCAAACCAGAAACUCCUAUGAGUUUUUGUUCAAACUGAAUCGCGUACUAGCGAUUUUAAAUUUUCCUGUGGAUAAUGAGAUUACAACUUUGACGACCAAAAAACUGGGCCAACGCUUAGUAAUUUUUCAAUUUAAUAUAAUGAAAAUGAAGAAAUGACGCAAGUUUAUGCAAUUGCGUAAAGAAGCCUGAAAAAAAUUCAGGACGUCAACGGGGUUUGAACCCGUGACCUCGCGAUACCGGUGCGAUGCUCUACCAACUGAGCUAUGAAGCCACUGACGUUGGGAGCAGGUCAAUUGUGGGUUCAUAUGAUCCCGUGAAAGAAAUGAGUGUUAAUGAUAUAUGAAAUAAAUCAUAUAUGAGCUGCGGAAAUGAAUGUGGCUUCAUAGCUCAGUUGGUAGAGCAUCGCACCGGUAUCGUUUGACCUCUUUUGUUUUGACACUGGCGUGAAAUAUGCAAACAACGAUUGCCUUUUGGCCGCCGUUAGUAUUCACACUCUGUCCCAGUUCCCCUCGAUUUCAGCUGAGAUGCCUUGCACAUUUUUUUUGACGUAGCUUCUGAAGUGAUGUUUAUUACAUGUUUUGUAGACUUUGCUUCAACUUUCGUGGGCCAGAAGGCUUGGAAGAUGCCAGAAUGUCUUUUCUUUUUCAUUUCCUUUUGUUUUCCUAUCACAAAAAACCUAUUUUGCCAAAUUUUUUGGCAAGAAUUCGAAGCUGAGAUGAAAUUACCUGGUCUUACUUGACGUUCGUGUGAAGGCUCCAAGCGGGUAGAUCUACCCGCUACCCGCCUACUAUUGAAAUCCCUCAGUGUAAAACAGUAUCGUGAAAAUUACGCUGAAAUGUUAUUUCUAUGAUGUUUUAGAUACUUCUCUGAUUGUUUAUGGCACCGAUUACACUCAAUUAUUGUAUGCAAGAAAUAUUAAGUAAUGAUUUUACCGAGAAAAAAAAAGCUAUGUUGUUGAUAAUAAGAAGUACCGUUAUUGAGAAUAUAGCUGUCUCUCGAGAGUCAAAGGUGGCUGUGUUUGCCGCAGGAUACAGGUAUUGGGUCAGGUAAACGGCAACGUCGUUCCCAGGGUCCUAUCCUGCUUGUUCCUGAGCGGAAGGUCGAGUAGGAGAAGACCCUGGGAACAAGGCUGGGUAAAGAGCUUUCCCUUCAAGACAUGCUCAGUGCAGAAUGAAAGGUUUCAACUCCCUUAUGUUUUUUUGUCUUUUUAUAGGUGUCGAAGGGGAUUCCGAUAUGUUGGGAACAAAACUUGCACAUUAGAUAAAUGCUAUGAAGAAAAUCGAAAUGGCAAAUUAUGUGGUAAUUUGGAAUGUGUUGUCACGAACGACACUAACGAAGCGAUGUGCAGGUGAGCACAUAAUAUUGAUGGCUUAUUUUCAAGGACUUAAAACAACAUCUAGAUAAAUGAGCAAGAGUGAAGUUAAUUUGGUUGGUGCCUAAUGUCCUAAUGUGACACACUCUUCCCUUCCCCCAAAACAUUAAACUCAUAGCUGAUACUAGCUCUGUCUGGUACGAUGAGUAAGAGAGACUAAAAAGUAGUGUUCAGUAAAUACCAACUGACUAAUCUGUAAGCGAUACUACACCUUCCUUCUCUUUGACGUUUAGACUUAAGCUAUUCUGCUGCAUAAUAUUUGACCUGUAACCUGCUGCCCUUACAAACGUUAAUUUUUCCCCUAAAGAAAGUGUAAUUCACACAGUUUCUCAACUGACCGAAUUUGGCCUUACUUUACCCCUAGAAAAAACUUCAUUCUGAUAUUAAAUUCUAAUUGUUUUCCACGGUUUAACAAAGUUGAGUUACGCCUGUGAUGAGGUUGGUGAAUAGAGCUUGCUUGUUAGCGAACAAAGGUUUGAAUCAGAAUGUGUUUUGAUGACAUUACAGGUGUCCUGAUGGAUCACUGGCUAAAUUCUGCAAAGAACCGGAAGUUUUGGGACGAAAGGGAACUGAAGGUAAUCCCUGAGCUUCCUCUCCCCACCUCCACUCUACUGAAAAUUGUCACGUAAUAAUUAUCAAAAGUGAGACACAAUGUGCAUCACAAGAUCAUACACUAAGAAGAAAGUGGAAACUAAGACGCACAGCGGAGUAUUGUUAGACGAACUUCGAGGAGUUUGAUAUUGUGAUGUUUGAUAUUACUUCUAAAAGUAAGUUAUUUUAUGAGGAGAAAUCAAGGAUGCAAAAAAGAAGGGCUUUUCAUCUAAUUUCCAAACACUGGUGUAACAUUCAUUUCCUUUGUAUUUUCUUUAUGAAUUAAAUAAGAAACGCAGGGAAGAGGCUUGAUCUAGCAUCGUGGCCAUUUUUUGGUGUUAAUAUAAGAUUUGUACUUUUCUAGAAAUCUGAGGUCCGACAAUUAACAAUAGUUAUAUAUUCGAAUGAUGAUGGCAGAAUACUCGAUUCAUGUUUGUUUUUUAACGAAACCACUCACAGAAUCAUGCAUAGCGUGAAACGGCAGAUACAUUCGAACGCUCGACUGGAUAUCCCGCGUAGCAGACAACAUAAAGUAACGAAACUCAUCUAUCACCUCCAAUAUAGCCUGUUCCAGGCUCCGAGAUAGCUAAAUUGAGAAAGCGCGAACAUAGCCUUUCUCCUUUUUCCCGCCCCGCCAACUUUUAGGGUGCCUUUUACUUUCGCGUCUUCCCCACUAUCAGAGAGCCUGGAACAGGCUACCUCUAAUAGAGCCGNUGAAGUUAAUUUGGUUGGUGCCUAAUGUCCUAAUGUGACACACUCUUCCCUUCCCCCAAAACAUUAAACUCAUAGCUGAUACUAGCUCUGUCUGGUACGAUGAGUAAGAGAGACUAAAAAGUAGUGUUCAGUAAAUACCAACUGACUAAUCUGUAAGCGAUACUACACCUUCCUUCUCUUUGACGUUUAGACUUAAGCUAUUCUGCUGCAUAAUAUUUGACCUGUAACCUGCUGCCCUUACAAACGUUAAUUUUUCCCCUAAAGAAAGUGUAAUUCACACAGUUUCUCAACUGACCGAAUUUGGCCUUACUUUACCCCUAGAAAAAACUUCAUUCUGAUAUUAAAUUCUAAUUGUUUUCCACGGUUUAACAAAGUUGAGUUACGCCUGUGAUGAGGUUGGUGAAUAGAGCUUGCUUGUUAGCGAACAAAGGUUUGAAUCAGAAUGUGUUUUGAUGACAUUACAGGUGUCCUGAUGGAUCACUGGCUAAAUUCUGCAAAGAACCGGAAGUUUUGGGACGAAAGGGAACUGAAGGUAAUCCCUGAGCUUCCUCUCCCCACCUCCACUCUACUGAAAAUUGUCACGUAAUAAUUAUCAAAAGUGAGACACAAUGUGCAUCACAAGAUCAUACACUAAGAAGAAAGUGGAAACUAAGACGCACAGCGGAGUAUUGUUAGACGAACUUCGAGGAGUUUGAUAUUGUGAUGUUUGAUAUUACUUCUAAAAGUAAGUUAUUUUAUGAGGAGAAAUCAAGGAUGCAAAAAAGAAGGGCUUUUCAUCUAAUUUCCAAACACUGGUGUAACAUUCAUUUCCUUUGUAUUUUCUUUAUGAAUUAAAUAAGAAACGCAGGGAAGAGGCUUGAUCUAGCAUCGUGGCCAUUUUUUCGGUGUUAAUAUAAGAUUUGUACUUUUCUAGAAAUCUGAGUUCCGACAAUUAACAAUAGUUAUAUAUUCGAAUGAUGAUGGCAGAAUACUCGUUUCAUGUUUGUUUUUUAACGAAACCACUCACAGAAUCAUGCAUAGCGUGAAACGGCAGAUACAUUCGAACGCUCGACUAGAUAUCCCGCGUAGCAGACAACAUAAAGUAACGAAACUCAUCUAUCACCUCCAAUAUAGCCUGUUCCAGGCUCCGAGAUAGCUAAAUUGAGAAAGCGCGAACAUAGCCUUUCUCCUUUUUCCCGCCCCGCCAACUUUUAGGGUGCCUUUUACUUUCGCGUCUUCCCCACUAUCAGAGAGCCUGGAACAGGCUACCUCUAAUAGAGCCGGAAUUAAUCAUUUCUUACAGGGAUAAUUUUUUUAUCUCCUAAAAGUGACGCCGCAGAUCAUUGUACCUGUAGUGAUGGUCUUGCUAUUAUUGAUCGCCAUUGCUAUCCUGGUUUACUGUCGCCGUCGUGGCCCGUAAGUUGUAUUAUUUUAUUGGCAUUUUACCUGUUAAUUUUUUUAAGUUAUCACUUUGUAGUUCUUACAUUUUAUCUGAUUACGUGCAUUCGUGUCAUGUAACAUUGGUAUUUUGAUAUUUUUCCUCCCAAUAGUUGAUACUAUUGUUUUAUGGCUUGUGAAAAAAUUGUAUUUCAGUUUACUUUUAACAGUCAACCUUGCCAAAUGGCUGUGACCGUUUUGCAGGUCAUGAGGAACCGCUUUUAAGCUUACGUGAUACAUAUUUCCAUCUACUUCCUGUGUAUGUCGUGUAUACGUUUGCUUAUCUUUCAGCUAUUUAACUUCAAUUUAAAUUUUUUCCCUUUUAUCGUACUUAGCAUGAAAAAGGCACAGUACAGCGGUAUGACGACUGUACAGGUAGGAAACCCAUCAUUUCUGUAUGAAGAGAUGCUUGAAGAUUAUGAAGACAGCAGCGUAAAUCCCGACUUCAACUGGGAACAAGACGAAAAGGUACACAGAAAUAUUAGUGCAUCUAACCUCGUUCUCGGAGGCCGCGGUACCGUUGUUUAGCGGACGAGAUUGUGUUACACCUUUCUCUUAUUACCAAGAUUCACGUAAAAUAAAACAAUAUUCAUUCAUGGGUCGACCCAUUAUGGAACGUCAAUCUUUUCAUGUACUUAAUUGAAGGAAUUAGGUUUGGUACAGGAAAAGUUCGAAGUUUGAACUGGCCUUCUUUUUCUUUCCAGGCUACCACGUUCUCCAAUCCGGUGUAUGAAUCAGUUUAUCGAUCAGACGCCAGCAUGGGCUCAGAGGUGUUACGAGAAAGAGAGCCUCCAAGGGUCGAGUUCCGUAGGAGCAAAGCGGACUUUUCAAACCCCGUUUAUGAAGCGUUACUUUUGCAAAAUGGAUCCCAGAAGUCUGGAUCAGUGCUGUGGAGAAGCAAUGAGAGCAUAAAUGGUGACACUCCCGGUAAUCAGGACACUGACUGUUAACAGCAAAGACAAUUUAGGUAAACGGAGGCCAAUGUUUGCCAAUCAAGAACAACGCUCCUGAAGGGUGAAGGUUCUGGACUCUCAGGAGCUUGCGAAGUAGGCGUAUGGAAAACGUACGUCAUGAGUAAUAGCUGCGUGCGCGACGGGGAUUGAGGAGAAAUGCUCCCUCCCUCUCUCCUUACUCAAGUCCUUCUCGCCACUCCACUAACCAUGGAAAGAAAAUUAGUUACAAGAUUUCGGCGCCUCCAUUUCAGGGAUCGUUUGGGUGCACAGUCGUUGGUUAUGAUUGGCUGAUAGUCUCCAAAGGCAACAGUUGAUCAAUCAUUGCUUUUAUUGUCCUCCCAAACGAUCUCCGAAGUUUUUGACAUGUUUGUGGUGAAAGCUUAUAAUUCUCCCUGUAGUUUAUGGAGCAGCGACUUUCCCUUUCGCAAACGGUCGGUGGAAUCGUUUGUAAUACAGCCUUGCAGCUCUGGCUGUAGAUUAUGUCAUAAUAAAGCUAAACCAAACUUUCGAAUAGUCCUCAGGAACUCCCAAACCACGUUAAAAUUCGGGAACGAGCUGGUGUCACCCUUUAUUUAUUGGAUAUGAAAGACAAAGUUCUAAGUACAAGUGUGGUGCUAAAGGGAGUGAAAUUAGCAUGCAAAAAAGACCCGGAUCCGAUUCUGUGUUCUGUAUUUCUUUCUUUUCAUACAGACUAACACCUCAAUUGAAACUGUGUGUGUUUUUAUGGCGUCUACCGUUCACAAUUUGAAUCUUCUGUUUCCCCGCGCGCAUCGCUCUUAAUCGCGUUUCUUAUUUUCCCAACUCAGGAUAAUUUAUGUACUUGAAGGGGAAAUACUGCAAGUUCGAAAGAGACGGUUACUGGCGUAAAUGUGGAAAAAUUUCCAUUUGGUUCUGGCCUUUUUUCGUAAACGAUACCAUCGUUUAUGUGUUACAUGUUCUCUAAAGUGACAUUUACAUUUAGUUAGGAGUUUUAAAUUUAGCGAUUGGGUAAUUUAUUCUGCAGAGUUAAAACCCUUUCAUUCCCAUAAGUGUUUAAAGUUCAGUAAAUAGAGGAUAUUACAUGGCCGCGCGGAGCGCGAACGAGUGAAAUAUUUUCAACACGAGAAGAGAAAUUUUGUAUCUCCAAGCGGCCAUGUAAUGUUCUAUUUAUUAUAUAAACACCAAUGAAAUAGCAAACCAUGUCAAUGAAACAGUUUUUCCUGCGAAAGGCGCGAUUUAUUAUGUAGCCAUAGCAACAGUGAUAUUUUCACAUGUGAAAAUAACAUCUUCUUUUCACGUGUGAAGAUAUCAUGUUUUCGCGCGAAAGCUCACCUGGUAUUUCAUCGGUGUUUAUAUAAUAAAAAGUACUAAGUUUCACCCAGCACAGUAUAGACGAAACAGCAUCACAAAAAACUGCUGCUCUUCAAGGCUUUAUUCUGGCAGAAUUAAAAGUUCAACGUUAAAAACGUUAAUAACUUCGUUUAAGCUAGCCUUAGCCUCGAAAGUUUUUAAACCAAACUUUGAUAAAAGUUUUUGGUGGAAACUUUUUGUGGGGGGAGUAUAUUUGUACAAAAAGGAGCUCAAAACGAAGCAGAUAACCAGUGUUUCUUUUAAACAUAACGGUACGUCGAUCAGGUCAUUACCGUAAUUCAUAUUUGGUAUGAAUAAUGUCAUGACCUAAACUUGAGCAACAAGUGGUAAACUUCAUCUGUAUUUCGCAGUUGUGCAAAAUCAGAUUGAGCAUCACGUUUACGGUAGAAAUACCGAAUCCCCGCCUUUUUGAACUGCUUCCCGUUUACGAUGUAAAGGAAGAUGUUUCACGUUCAUGAAAAACCCAAGGACGAACUGUAGCUGUUGGUUAAAAUAGCUAUUGUGUUAUCGUCUUUGCUGUUUGCCGUAAGCGUAAAGCUUAAUCCCUCUCGCAAGUGACAUACCCAUAUUUCCGUUAUCAUUGGUAAAUAAUUGUUGGUUAUAGCAUACAGAGGUGCUCAAGUACUUUACCAGAGCCACACGUACACCCAUUGUGAAAUUGUUGUCCGUAUUUUACGCUGGAUUCCAUCGAUAAAGAGAGCUUUUGCUUACUUCAGCCGUUUCCGCGAGAUUUUUCUAUGCUUUAGCUUUUCACAGAAAUUGUUAUAACGUGCAGUACAGAUCUUUUCAAGUUCAACCCCGCCGUUUUGAAAGUAGAGUGUUCGAAAACCCGAAAGGUAAAUUUGCCCCGUUAGAUUUCUGUCUGAAAGAAUUUUGAAUGGUUAACUGAAAUCUCCGCCCCCCUUUUUUUCUGAAGAGGUUUUCUACCGUUUCCGGACUCUGGCUUCAAGUAUCUCGCACAAACCGGCUUUUACAAAAAAAAAAUGUUUGACUAAGUAGCUUGAAAUUUUUAUCUAUCAAAAUUUUGCACAUAUCAAGUGACAUAAAAGUUAAAUGACAUCGUAUUUCGUUUAAUCAUCUUAUGUCUUGAAAAACUCGUAUUUGCCUCAUGUUCAAAAUGACGGGCUGGAUUACGAAAAGGUCUAUUGGCAGUUUAAACUGCAUACACAAGGUAAAUAUUGUACAACGAGGUAACUCUUUAUAAUGAGAAUUGAAUAAGUUUCUAAUUCAGUUAUUUAUUGACUAAAAAUAAAGAGGCGAUGCGUCUCACCCAAAACAUGUAUAUUUUAAGAUAAAAGUGUAUUGGUUAUAUUUAAAGGGACCGGGGGUUUGAAUUUAGGAAGUUUUUAGC